GCGCGCUGGCUCUCCCGCGAGCCGCGCAUGCGCACGCAGAGCCCUCGGCGGCUGAGAGGAGGAGGAGGAGAGGCGAACGAUGGCGGCCGCCUCUCUCUGGAAAGGGCUGGUCGGGGUCGGGCUCUUCGCCCUGGCCCACGCGGCCUUCUCUGCCGCGCAGCAUCGGUCCUAUAUGAGACUAACGGAGAAGGAAGAUGAGACGUUGCCUAUAGACAUUGUUCUUCAAACUCUGCUGGCCUUUGCAGUUACCUGUUAUGGGAUUGUGCAUAUUGCAGGAGAAUUUAAAGACAUGGACGCUACUUCAGAGCUAAAAAAUAAGACAUUUGACACAUUAAGGAACCAUCCAUCCUUUUAUGUAUUUAAUCACCGGGGCAGAAUGUUAUUCCAGUCCCCGGACACUGUCCACUCUUCCUCCAGCCAGGAUGCUCUGUCAUCCAGCACAUCACUGAAGUUGCGAAAACUUGAACCUCUGCACCGUUAAGAGUUUUUUUUUAUAGACGAUUCUAAAAAUAGGACACUGAGCUGUAAUAUUGGAGCUGGAUAGAAACACUUUUUUUUAAAUUUCUGGAGCGGUAUUUAUAUUGAUCUUCCAGGCUUUAUAGUAAUGUGCGCGCGUGCCUGUGUAUCUACACACAGGCACACGCGCACAUACAUGAAUAUAUUAAAAAAUAUAUUAAAAGGACUUUUGAACACUGGUCACAACUAAACUUGUGAAUUGGCAAACCAUGAAAGUUACUGCUAAAAUUACGCAGUGAAAUAAUGCAUUUUACCUUUCAUUAAAGCACUAUGGUUAAACUCACUUUUGAAUUAUCAAAAUCUGUGUCACCAAAUGCAGAUGGGGGGGGGGGUGGUUAAUGGACUAGAUAAGCACAGAAAAGGCUAUGCUGUAUUAUUUUGUUCCACGGCAAAAUAGUUGCGGGUGGCUUGUCUUCUUUGCCACCCAGUAAGUCUCCUUCCAGCGGAGUCCUUGACACAACGUGGGCAUUUCUGCAUCUUGUUUAUUGGUGCUGUGUGUGGAAUCUCUGGCAAGCAGAGCCAGUCAGGAUUAAUCUUUUACAAGUAGGAAUUUAGCCAACGUUUUGCCAAAGGGGUGCAGACUUGAUUUAUCAGUUAGCCAUUGACUGCAAGUUCCCCCGAAAUGCUGGGAGAUUAUAAAAAGUAUGUGCUUUUUGAGAAGUUACCGCGAAUGGCCAGGACUUAGGCUAACCAGGACACAGAACUGAAUCAUGACAGCUGUAAUCCAUCCACUUCUGUCAUCGAGCUCUUUAUAUCAUCAAGGUGACAGGCGGCUGGGGAAGACUUGACUUGGGGAGGGAGGAAGUGGUUUUGACAGCGUGCAAAGUUUGCAGGCGGGAAAGAUUUGGGAUUGUGUCUUGUAAUGAUUUUGUGGUUUCAUAUUUUUUUUUGAUAGUGCCUUUUAAUUUGAUUCCCACUCAUUGUACAUGCUUUUAAAAACAGGAUAAGGGAGAUUGCCUGCAGGGUUGCCGUUUGAGCAACUGAACAUGUUGAACUCGUUUUUCCACCGUGCUUUUUUUUUUGUUAACCUAAUUGUAUGUGAUCACCAGACUUCUUCCAGAAUGACCCACUUUGCAAUAUUUGGGGAUGGGGAAGGGCGCUAGAAGUUCCCUUCGGCUCUCAAUACUUGUUUCGCUCCGAGCUUGAUUUUUUUUUCUCCACAGAAUGUAACCGAUUUCAAAAUUAGCAACUCAAGAUGUAGAGAAGCUGAAUGUCUGGUCUUCAGGAGCAUUGCCCCGGGCGUCUCCAGGGUCUUGGGCUCCGAAUGGGUGAGAAGUCGGGUGUGCUGACGAUUAAAAUAAAAAUGCAUGCACUUUACAGAGCCUGGGAUAAGAACUCUCCCUUAGAUGGCAAACCACUCCAGGGCAGGACAACCAUGUGCAAAACCCAGACGGUUUUUUAUUAAUUUUGGCAGAGAAACGGUGUUUUAAGCAAGGGAUCAGAACUCUAGAUUCAACUGUGAUGAACGUUGGCUUUUCAAAACCCGACACUGGUACCAAUUGGUUUAAUGUGGUCCUUCAUUUGCAUUAAACUCAACCUUAACCUUGUAUUCUUUCUAGGUAAAACUUAUCAGACAUCUGUAAGGCAGUUGCAUAGCUCUGUUGGUCACCUUCCUCCUAAUGUCCUGGUGUUAAAAAUACCUGCUCAAAGUAGCUGCCCAUUGGCUAUUGUCCCCCCCCUUCCUUUCUGGGCAAUUCUGUUUCUUCUAGCAGGUUUUUAGUUAUCUUGUUAUCUAAGUAACUCUCCACAGCCCAAAAUUCAAAGCAAUGAAGUGGGCAGUUCAUAGGGAUUGUGGCAUCCAAAACAGCUCUAUAAAAAUGCCAGUGAUUUGCCUAUGCAGUGUUUGCUGUUUUAGUCUACGCUGUUCCAAGCUGGAGUCCUUGUUUAUUCUUUAGCUGGACGGUUUUGCCAAGAACUUGCAAAUUUUGCUACAAAGAGGCAGCCUUUCUCUAAAGUCCAGGUCUUUUCAUGUGUUUGUAUCCUGGAUUUUGCACUCUGUUCAAGCACCUUCUAGGUCUCUAAAACUUGCAAGAAAUAAACAAGUUCCCUUUCACUAUUAUCCAUGGUUAUUUUACAAAUGUGCAAAUUUUGUUUCUUUCCCUUUUUUGGUCUUGCAAUGUCCAAUAAAGAAGUAAUAUUAUUCCAAAA